UCCCCUGCCUAGCACAGCAGCUGCGAGCGCGGAGCGGGCACGGCGGGGGGAGCGCAGUGCCGUGAGGGGCCGCGCGAUGUGGCUGAAGCCCGAGGAGGUGCUGCUGAAAAAUGCCCUCAAGCUGUGGGUGCAGGAGCGCUCCAACCAGUACUUCGUGCUGCAGAGGCGGCGGGGCUAUGGCGAGGAGGGCGGAGGCGGGCUGGCAGGUCUCCUUGUGGGAACAUUAGAUGCAGUGUUGGACUCGACGUCGAAAGUCGCCCCAUUUCGCAUCCUGCAUCAGACUCCAGACUCUCAGGUCUACUGGUCCAUCGCGUGCGGAUCCAGCAGAGAAGAAAUAACAGAACACUGGGAGUGGUUAGAACACAAUGUUAUGAAGACUUUAUCUGUAUUUGAUUCAAAUGAAGACAUUACGAGCUUUGUCCAGGGAAAGAUAAGAGGUUUGAUUGCUGAAGAGGGAAAAGGUUCUUUUGUAAAAGAAGAUGAUCCUGAGAAGUUUCGUGAAGGUCUUAUGAAGUUUGAAAAGUGUUUUGGAUUACCGGAGCAGGAGAAGUUGAUUACCUACUACUCGUGCAGUUACUGGAAGGGCAGAGUGCCCUGUCAAGGAUGGCUCUAUCUUAGUACCAACUUCCUUAGCUUCUACUCAUUUUUGCUUGGAGCAGAAAUAAAACUUAUUAUCUCCUGGGAUGAAAUAUCAAAACUUGAGAAAACUUCCAAUGUGAUUCUGACAGAGAGCAUUCAUGUGUGCUCCCAUGGGGAAGAUCAUUAUUUUUCCAUGUUUUUGCAUAUUAGUGAAACAUUCCUUCUCAUGGAGCAGCUGGCAAACUAUGCAGUUAGAAGACUUUUUGACAAGGAGACAUUUGAGAAUGAUCCAGUCCUUCAUGACCCCCUGCAGAUCACCAAGAGAGGCCUGGAGAGCCGUGCCCACAGUGAGCAGUUUAGUGCAUUCUUCAGGCUACCUAAAGAAGAGUCCUUGAAGGAAGUUCAUGAGUGCUUCUUAUGGGUUCCUUUCAGUCAUUACAACACCCAUGGGAAAAUGUGCAUUUCAGAAAACUACAUCUGCUUUGCUAGCCAGGAUGGCAGCCUGUGCAGUGUAAUCAUUCCAUUGAGAGAGGUCACAGGGGUGGAUAAGGCAGAUCCAGCCAACAGAGGAGUCAGCAUUAGUACCAAAGGGAAAACAGCUUUUCGUUUCACGGAGGUGAGAGAUUUUGAACUGCUUGUGACAAAGCUCAGAAUGAAAUGCAAUGCAACUGCAAGUCCACAACACAUCAUAAGUACUGAGGUUGCAGCUGGUUCUGCCACUGACAGUCCAAAGGAUUUUGGUGCAGGACAGUCAAAGAUGGGCCAGAGAGAUAACAGCAAAACUGUCAGUACAGAAGCACUAAUGACUGUCUACCAUCCUCAGGAUGCUGAGAACCUUGACUCUAAAAUGUUGAAAGAAAAAAUGAAGGAACAGUCGUGGAACAUCCUGUUUGCGGAACGGGGCCAUGGGGUCAGUAUGUUUCGAACAAAGAAGACUCGAGACCUAGUUGUAAGAGGCAUCCCAGAGGCAUUAAGAGGAGAACUUUGGCUACUCUUCUCAGGUGCUGUAAAUGAUAUGGCAUCCAAUCCUGGUUAUUACGCUGAGUUGGUGGAAAAGUCCUUAGGAACAUGCACUUUGGCUACUGAUGAAAUUGAACGAGAUUUACGUCGCUCCUUACCUGAGCACCCUGCUUUUCAAAGUGACACAGGAAUUUCUGCACUCAGGAGAGUUCUUACAGCUUAUGCAUACAGGAAUCCACAAAUUGGAUAUUGUCAGGCAAUGAAUAUUCUGACAUCAGUGCUUCUGCUGUAUGCUAAAGAGGAGGAGGCAUUCUGGCUUUUGGUUGCUGUGUGUGAGAGGAUGCUCCCUGACUAUUUCAAUCGCCGAAUCAUUGGUGCCUUGGUAGAUCAGGCAGUGUUUGAGGAGCUCAUCAGGGUUCAUCUGCCUCAGUUGACAGACCACAUGACGGACAUGACUUUUUUCUCCUCGGUCUCUCUCUCCUGGUUCCUUACCCUUUUUAUCAGUGUGCUGCCAAUUGAAAGUGCAGUCAAUGUGGUGGACUGUUUCUUCUAUGAUGGAAUAAAGGCAAUCUUGCAGCUGGGCCUUGCAGUGCUGGAAUACAACAUGGAGAAGUUGCUCACUUGUAAGGAUGAUGCAGAAGCAGUCACUGUUCUCAACAGAUUUUUUGACAGUGUCACUAACAAAGACAGUCCUUUGCCUCCAGCUGUGCAGCAAGGCUCCAACCUCAGUGAUACAAAGAGUGACCAUCCAAAAGUGGACAUCACUGACCUGAUCCGAGAGUCAAAUGAAAGAUACGGUGAUAUUCGCUAUGAGGAUGUGGAGAGCUUGCGCUGCAGGAACAGGCUUUAUGUGAUCCAGACCUUGGAAGCCACGACCAAGCAGAAUGUGCUACGUGUUGUGUCUCAAGAAGUAAAAUUCAGUCCUAGUGAUCUUGAAGAGCUUUAUGAAUUGUUCAAGAAGGAGCACUUUCUUUCAUGUUACUGGAGUGUAAAUAGUCCUGUCCUGCAACAUCACGAUGCCAGUCUGCCCUACCUUGACCAGUACCGCAUUGACUGCCAACAGUUCAGGGUUCUCUGCCAUCUCUUGAGCCCCUGGUCACACUGUGCCAACAGGGACUCCCUGGCCCUGUGGACAUUCCGGCUGAUGGAUGAGGGCUCUGACUGCCUUAUAAACUUCAAACAAUUUGCCUGUGUUCUUGAUACGAUGUAUAAUGGAAGCUUCACUGACAAACUCAAGCUUCUUUUUAAGUUGCACAUCCCUCCAGCUUUUACUGAAGUAGAAUAUCUAAGCCCUUCCAAAGGGGAUGAUCUUUCAAAAGAAGAGCUGAUCCACUUCAGCCAACUCAGUGUUUCAUCUGUUGGGGAUAGUCUUGAAAGUGAUUCUUUGAAGAGCAGCCCAGAAAAAGGGAAGGGGAAGGUUGAUAUUCAGGCAUAUCUGAAGCAAUGGCAAGAUGAACUUCUUAAAAAAGAAGAAAACAUCAAGGAUUUGCCAAGAAUGAAUCAGUCUCAGUUUAUCCAGUUCUCAAAAACUCUCUACAAUCUGUUCCAUGGGGAUCCUGAGGAGGAGCUGUUGUAUCGGGCUAUCGCGGUGGUGACCAGCCUCCUGCUGAAAAUGGAAGAAGUUGGCAGAAGACUGCAGAGUCCCAUGUCACCUGUCAAAAGUCCACUUGCUGAUACCGAGAUGGCUGCUGGAGUCCCCAGAGAAAGGCAGGAGGAAAGCAGCUCUGAGCAGACUGAAGGCAGUAGAGCACAGAGUUCGGGAGGGAACCAUGAAUGGUCUUUUGCCUUUGAACAGAUUCUGGCAUCCUUAUUAAAUGAGCCAGCCUUUGUGAGAUUUUUUGAAAAACCUCAUGACAUAAAAGCUAAAAUAGAGAGUGCUAAAAAUUUACAGCUUAAAGUAAGAACCAGAGUGUAAUUUUCUUUACCUUUGACUCUGAAUUAAUCACAUGAAAUGCUUACAAAUGAAGGCCGUAACUAUGGAAAUCAAGUCUGGUGUUUACAUGGGGAAUGAAGUUUGAAGAGUUAGCUUUAAUUAUCAGAUUACUGGUAUGUAAUGUAAAUAAAAAUAGUUUGAAGCACAA